AUGAACACAUUCCUCGUUCUCCUGUCCCUCUUCGCUUUCUCUUCUGCUCAGUUCAGCUCUUCUGCGCAGACUGAGAUUGUAAAUGAGCAUAAUUCGCUGAGAUCUUCAAUCGCUAAAGGUACUUUCGUGGCUAGGGAAACAACGGAACCGGAAGCGGCAGACAUGCUCAAACUGAAGUGGGAUAACUCGCUCGCAACAUCAGCCCAGAACUAUGCGAACACGUGUCCGACUGGCCAUUCCGGAGAUGAUGGGAUCGGAGAGAAUAUCUUCUGGUCGUGGUCCAGCGGAUCGCUCGGAUCUCUCGAUGAAUACGUGGGUCUGCGGGUCUAUUCAACCUGAUUUACUCCGAUUUCAGGGAGUCACUGCUUCGGACUCGUGGCAACAAGAGUUUCAAGAUAACGGAUGGACUUCCAACGUUCUUGAUGUCGCGACUUUCAACACUGGAAUAGGACAUGCCACGCAGAUGGUCUGGUCGAAAACUGGAUCAAUUGGGUGCGGAGUCAAGAACUGCGGGCCGGAUCCGAGCAUGAACAACUGGAACCAGGUGGUCGUAGUGUGUCAGUACAAACAACAGUAAGCUCUGAGAAAUAUACUGCAUCAAAGUUUGAAAUGUACCUUUCAGGGGAAACAUUCUGAACUCGCCAAUCUACAAAAAAGGAAGCACUUGCUCGGCCUGUCCUUCUGGAACUUCUUGCGAAUCCUCUUCUGGGCUAUGUGCUUAA